AUGAAUAUGAAUUCAUUUGACGUUUUACAAUGGUUAAAAAGCUUUACUAAUGAUGAAAAUGUUAUUAAAACUUUUGAAGAAGAUGCACCAUUUCCUUCUAAUGAUACAGCAAAUAUUGGCUUUACACCUGCUUAUACAGAUGAUUAUACUGUUGAGGAUGCGGAUGAUAGAAAUAGAGACAGUGAAAAUUCUUCGUCAUCAGAUCAAUAUGAUGAAGUAGUAAAUAUUGAUUGUCCUUUAUUCACAGAAACAAUAUUAGAUGAUGAUAAAGAAAUCUUUGAUUUAAAAAUAUUUCGAAAAUAUUAUACGGGUUUUCUCUUGGAAUUACGUGAACAACAUUUACUUCCUCAAAAUAUCAUCUAA